AUAAAUAAAUUCUGAAGAGUGACGAAUUAGCAGAAGAAGAAGCUUAAACUCAAAUCCACCUUAAAAAAGAUUCUUUCCUUCAUUGAUUUCCCUGUCCGUAUCUAUCGCCGCAUUAUUCGUUAAUUCAGCAGAUGUUUCGGAACUAUUAAGACAGUUUGGAGUAAUUGUGGUUUUAGCAUUCUGAACCAAUGAUCCUUUCUGCUCUUCUGACUUCUGUCGGAAUAAAUCUUGGUUUAUGUUUUUUAUUCUUCAUUCUAUACUCCAUAUUGAGUAAACAACCUGGUAAUGCUGAUGUAUAUGCACCACGCUUAGUUGCUGAAGGAAAACUUGAACAGAGAAAUAAUUUCAACUUGGAAAGGUUACUUCCAUCUACCAGUUGGGUGAGCAGGUCAUGGAAUCCCUCCGAAGAAGAACUUCUCCUGCGUGCCGGUUUAGAUGGUGUUGUCUUUAUGCGCAUUAUCAUAUUCAGUUUAAAAGUAGCUGCUUUUGCUGCGGUUGUUGGCCUAUGUGCUCUUCUGCCAAUCAAUUAUAUGGGAAGUCAGAUUUUUAUUGAUUUUUCUGAUCUCACAAACAAGUCUCUGGAAUCAUUCAGUAUUUCAAAUGUGAACGAUGGAUCGAAGAAGUUAUGGGUUCACUUCGCUGCGAUAUACAUUUUCACUGCAUUUGUAUGCUAUCUUCUAUAUGUUGAGUAUCGUUAUAUAUCUUUGAAAAGGCUUGCAUACUAUUACUCAUCCGAGCCUAAGCCAGAACAGUUCACUGUACUGGUUCGUGGUAUUCCAAAAUCGUCUACAGACAGCUUAAGUGGAAGCGUUGCGAAGUUUUUCUCGGAAUAUUAUCCUUCCUUGUAUCUUUCACAUUGCAUGGUGUACCACACUACAAAGAUUCAGAAGAUAAUUAGUGACGCUGGUAAAGUCUCAAGAAAGCUUGCUCAUCUGAAGUCAACGCAAAAGGCUUCUCAACGGUUUGGGCGUGUUGGAUUUUGUGGAAUUUUUGGGCCCAAAGUUGAUCUUUUGGACUAUUAUGAAAAGAAAUUAGAAGAUCUGGAAGAGAAGGCGAGGAAGCAACAAUCAUUACUUAGUGGGAAGGAAGUACCUGCUGCUUUUGUAUCUUUUAAGUCACGGCUUGGUGCUGCGGUAGCAUUACACAUCCAACAAGGAGAGAAUCCUACAGAGUGGCUUACUGAGCGGGCCCCAGAGCCUCGGGACAUUUACUGGCCCUUCUUUUCCGCAUCUUUCUUAAGUAGAUGGAUCGGGAAUGUUGUGGUGGUUUUUGCUUGUGUAAUUCUUACAAUUUUGUUCUUCAUACCUGUCAUCAUAGUGCAGGGUCUCACUAAUUUGGACCAGUUAGAGACCUGGUUCCCUUUUCUAAAAGACGUAUUGAAUAUAACGUUUAUAAGCCAGGUCAUCACAGGAUAUCUUCCUAGUCUCAUUCUCAAGAUGUUCUUAUAUCUUGUACCACCUGUCAUGAUUAUGUUAUCCUCUAUUCAAGGCUAUGUUGCCCACAGUCAGAUAGCGAGAAGUGCAUGUAACAAGAUGUUAUGGUUUACCAUAUGGAACAUAUUCUUUGCAAAUGCUUUAUCUGGAUCAGUUUUAUAUCGGGUUAAUAUCUUUCUAGAGCCCAAAGAAAUACCAACUAUAUUAGCUGUUGCUGUUCCAGGACAGGCUACAUUCUUCAUAACGUAUGUUGUGACUAAUGGGUGGACUAAUACAUCUUCAGAACUUUUUCGCUUGAUGCCCCUCGUUUCCAGUUACAUGGGAAGAAUUUUUUCGGCUGAAACUGGUGAAAAUUUUGAAGUGCCUUCACUUCCUUACAGCAGUGAGAUUCCCAGCAUUCUCUUAUUUGGUCUUCUUGGCAUUACAUAUUUCUUCCUGUCACCCUUAAUUCUGCCGUUUCUACUGGUUUACUACUGUCUGGCAUACAUAAUUUACCGUCACCAGUUGCUCAAUGUUUAUUCACCAAAGUUCGAGACUGGUGGAACGUUUUGGCCAAUUGUGCAUAACGCUACAGUUUUUUCGUUGGUAUUGAUGCACAUAAUUGCUGUGGGGAUAUUUGGUCUGAAGCAAGUUCCUCUGGCUUCCGCUUUAACUACCCCACUCCCAAUCAUCACUCUUCUGUUUAAUAGCUACUGCCGGAAACGGUUCCUACCAGUAUUUAAAGGUUAUCCAGCUGAGAGUAUGAUAAAGAAAGACAGAAUUGACGAAAAUAAUCCGGCAGUGUCUGAUUUGCAUGAGAAACUAAUUUCUGCAUAUCAAGAUCCAGCGUUGAAGCCAACCCGGUUCUCCGGAAGAACCGAUGGCCAUAAUGCCCCACUUCUUGCGUCUGAGGUAUGAAUGUGCUAAUUCUUAAAAGAGAAGAUUUAUGUGUACUUUAAGACCAAUUGACAUUUGGCCUGGUACUGAAUGUGAUCUCCAAAUUUGUGCACGAAUGGAUGGGAUAUCUGUUAUCUUACGGGUGAGAUUCUUUUCAAAUAUGUGAAGUUUUGAUGGCAGUUAUUGAUGUGUGAGUGAACCUUGCUUGAUGUGACUGAAGUAAUCAUGUUAGGUUUGUAAUGUUGUUUGAGAUGUAAAUAGCAUUGUAGAAGAUACAAUAAUGUCAGAUGGUUUGUGAUGGUGAAUUUGUUUAGUUGUUUCCAGAGAACAAUAAUUCUAAUAAUACAACGUUAUUCCCUUCGCUUGAAGCCUUGAAUGGUAUAGUCUGUCCAGGUGAUAACACCUUGUAGGUUGCAGGUCAAUGAUCAACAUUUGUAAUUUUGUAUAUUCAAAUCAAUAGUCUUUUAUGUUA